UGGAAAAACUAAAGUCAAGAGAAAUUGAAAGUGUUAACAUUGCUUUAUAUUUUGGCCAUAAAGGGUAGGCUACAAACCUAUGCACUGAUGACAGUCAAUUUUAUUGAAGACGGUGAGAUGCUUUCCUAAAGGAAAAUCAAAAUACCAAAUUUCCAUGGAGAGGAGAAGACAAGCACCUUGUAUGUGCAUAUGAGCCAACCUUUAGGUGUAUUACUGGGAACACAUUGUCAUCAUCUGUGCAUGGAAUACAUAGGAGCCUUUACAUGUAUUACCAAGAUCAUUCUAACCACCCGUGCAUGCAUUUCUAAGGGCUUAGAUCUCACAGCACCUUACUCAAUUUCCCAUCCCUUAAUUACUGGCACUUAAACUGCUUAAUUGAUUCUUCCUUAAAGGGCUGGUUGAAGGGAUGCCAAAAACUCAUGGCAGUUUUUAAGGCCAGUGAACAAAACUGCAGUUCGACUUACUUACUUAAAGGUUAUUGCUUGGUAUUGCAGUACCAUUGAAAAGCUUCCCUGCAGGAGUUUGGAGAGCUAAAUGCAGACCUGGGACGAACUGAAGUGGGGAGAGUUUGAAAGGUAGCAACAGAUAAUUCUGCCACUGUGGUGCUCUCUUGGUUUUGGCUCCUAACUUUUAUAAGUCCUUCUUCACAGGCUAAAAGGCAGAAACUUAACUUUAGGCCAGUCCCUGGACAACCCUGUUUGGCUGCUAAGAAGCCAUUAGGCUGCAGCCGCAAAGAUGCCAAAGGGAGCCCUCUCAAAACCGAAUGCUGAAGGGAGCGCGCUUGGAGAUGCGGAGCCUAUCUGGGGCCCCUGCUCCGCUUUCUUUGCCUCGAAGCUCUCCAGAAAGUAGGAACAGAAGGGAGACGUCACUACUUUCCAACGGGAAGAGAGGGAGGGCUGGUACUCAAAGCUCGCUCCGUGGUUCUUGGACGUGGAGAACGAGAGGUGGGCGAGGCUACUACCCCUUAGCGGCUCCCUCCGUGGCGGGAGGCGAAGAGGGCUGGCUGGCUCCAAUUCCACAUCCUUCCCCCGCGAGGGCCGGAGGAGGAGCAACAACCGCGGCAGCAACUAGCCGCUCGCACAUGCAGCAGCUCCGGCGCCGCCUCCCCGCCAGGUCCUCCAGCUGGGACCUGCUGCUGGCACCGCUCUCCGCUCCCUUUCACAUCCCGCUAUUUUCCCCGUUUAGCGUCUCCGGGAGUGCUGCCGGCGGGUGACCCUCUCCGCCCAGGGGAGCCAGCCGUCCAGGGUCUGUGCCCCACCCGCCUGCAGCCGCUCUCUUACUCCCCACCUCAACGGAACCUUCCCGAGCGCUCCGGAUUUCGUCCUGAGGUUGGAUCGGCUGUGCACGUACUACUUGACCGGAGCCCAUUUCGAAGGAGAGUUCUGUGGUGACCACAGUCUUGUCGCCUUGCACUUCUUCUGCCCUUUCCUUCAAACGGAGGUGUGCAAAAAGUGAAGCCUUCCCGACAAAGCUGAGAAUUCUUCAUGUCCAGCAGAUCUGGGAGGCAAGAGGCUGGAGAAAUCUGCAAUAAUGCAAGCGCUGGCAUUUGCUGUUUUUGCAUCUGAAUACCUGAAGCAUUUCUGAUUAAGGGAGAUGUGAUUGGUGCCCAGGAUCAAUAUGCAAGACACUAUUCUGACAGCAAUUUUGAUGGCCACAAGUCUGGAGAUAAUAUGUUUAGGAGGCAUGGCAAUAGAAGAUUCCCAGUGUCAAAGGUUUGAGCAUCCUAUUGUUACAAGUGAAGAACUGGCUCCCUGGUUACAUGUGUUCAGAUCGGAAAGUGCUGUUGACUUCUCUCAAAUAACAUUUGAUCCAAGACAAAAAGAAUUGAUUGUUGGCGCAAGAAAUUACUUGUUCAGGCUGCAUAGUGAGGAUCUUUCUCUAAUCCAGGGUGUGGAAUGGCGUUGUGAUGAGACUACUAAAAAAGCUUGUUAUAGUAAAGGCAAAUCAACGGAAGAGUGCCAGAAUUAUAUUCGUGUUCUCCUGAUUGGUGGAGAUAGACUAUUUGCAUGUGGAACUAAUGCAUUUACACCCAUUUGCACUAAUCGGACGCUAAGUAACCUGGAAGAGACACAUGAUCAGAUCAGUGGUAUGGCACGCUGUCCUUAUAGCCCCCAGCACAAUUCUACUGCUCUCCUUGCAAGCACUGGUGAGUUAUAUGCAGCAACUGUCAUGGACUUUCCAGGGAGAGAUCCUGCAAUUUAUCGCAGUUUGGGUAUUCUUCCUCCACUUCGGACUGCACAGUACAACUCUAAGUGGCUCAAUGAACCAAAUUUUGUGUCUUCAUAUGACAUCGGAAACUUCAUCUACUUUUUCUUCCGAGAGAAUGCAGUGGAACAUGACUGUGGGAAAAUAGUUUUUUCUCGGGCUGCUCGAGUUUGUAAGAAUGACAUUGGUGGCAGAUUUUUGCUGGAAGAUACUUGGACCACUUUCAUGAAAGCUCGUUUGAAUUGCUCCCACCCUGGAGAAAUUCCAUUUUACUACAAUGAAUUACAGAGUACGUUCUUCCUGCCAGAACUGGAAUUAAUCUACGGGAUCUUUACCACUAAUGUGAACAGUGUAGCUGUUUCAGCUGUUUGUGUGUUCAACAUGACUUCAAUAACUCAGGUCUUUAGUGGAUCAUUCAAAUACCAAGAAAACUCACGUUCUGCCUGGCUUCCUUAUCCCAACCCUAAUCCUAAUUUUCAGUGUGGCACCAUGGAUCAAGGCCUGUAUUUGAAUCUGACAGAGAGGAAUCUGCAAGAUGCCCAAAAAUUUAUUUUGAUGCAUGAAGUGAUCCAACCUAUCACACCAGUUCCUUACUUCAUGGAGGACAAUAGCCGCUUUUCCCAUGUGGUUGUGGAUGUGGUACAAGGAAAAGAAAUGCUUUUUCAUAUAAUUUAUUUGGCCACAGAUCAUGGGACAAUUAAGAAAAUCCUUGCUCCAGUUAAUCAGACAGCCAGCAGUUGUUUGCUAGAGGAGAUUCACAUCUUCCCAAAGAAGCAAUGGGAGCCCAUCAAGAGCCUUCAGAUUUUACACAGUCAGAGUGCUCUCUAUGUGGGUCUUCAGAGGAGUGUGGUGAAGAUCCCACUAAAGAGAUGCCAGUUUUAUAAAACAUACAGCACAUGUGUUGGAUCCCAGGAUCCUUAUUGCGGCUGGGACUUGGUGCUAAGGAAAUGCACACCAUUGGAAGAAAGUGUGAGCAUGAGUCAAUGGGAGCAGAGCAUCUCUCUCUGUCCAAAGAGGAAUUUGACUGUGGAUGGCCAUUUUGGUUCCUGGUCAGAAUGGAAGCCUUGUACACAUGUAGAUGGGUCAAGUGUAGGCAUUUGCCUCUGCAGAACACGCUUAUGUGACAAUCCGGUUCCAAAAUGUGGGGGUCGCCAGUGUGAAGGGUCAAGUAUUGAGAUUGUUAACUGCUCUAGAAAUGGAGGGUGGACUCCAUGGACAGCUUGGUCUCCUUGCAGCACCACUUGUGGAAUAGGCUUUCAAGUGCGUCAACGUUCCUGCAAUAACCCAAGCCCUCGCUAUGGAGGCCGUGUAUGUGUUGGGCAGAACCGUGAAGAGAGGUAUUGUAAUGAGCAUUUAUUGUGUUCUCCGCAUGUGUUCUGGACUGGUUGGGGCGUAUGGGAGCGUUGUACAGCCCAGUGUGGAGGAGGCAUUCAGGCUCGCCACCGAACUUGUGAAAAUGGUCCAGAUUGUCCAGGUUGCAGUGUUGAGUAUCAGGCUUGCAAUACCAACCCUUGUCCAGAACUGAAGAAGACAACUCCUUGGACUCCGUGGACUCCAGUGAAUAUUUCUGACAAUGGUGGGCACUAUGAACAACGAUUCCGAUACACUUGUAAGGCACGUCUUCCUGAUGCAAGUUUGUUAGAUGUGGGAAGGCAACGGAUUGAAAUGCGCUAUUGUUCAAAGGAUGGUGCCACUGGAUGUGCAACUGAUGGUGAUCUUUUGCAUUCUGGGCAUCGUUCCACUCACACUAUCAAUGGUGCUUGGUCCCCAUGGUCUCCAUGGUCUCAGUGUAGUCGUGACUGCAACAGAGGUAUUCGGAAUCGCAAACGAAUGUGCAAUAAUCCUGAGCCAAAGUACGGGGGAUUGCCUUGUCUGGGACCUCCCCUGGAAUACCAAGAAUGCAACAUCCUUCCAUGCCCAGUUGACGGAAGUUGGUCCUGUUGGUCAUCGUGGUCCAAGUGCUCUGCUACUUGUGGAAGCGGCCAUUAUAUGAGGACUCGCUCCUGUACAAACCCAGCACCGGCUUAUGGAGGUGACAUCUGUUUAGGGCUCCACACCGAAGAAGCACUUUGCAAUACAGAACAAUGCCCAGAUAGUUGGUCAGACUGGUCAGAUUGGUCAGGCUGCGAUGCAUCUGGAAUCCAGAUCCGUACUCGCCAGUGUAAUGUUUUAUUUCCUGUGGGUCAGCAGUGCUCUGGGAAUACGACUGAAAGUCAGCCGUGUGAUUCUGAUUCCAAUUUCAUACCAGAUAUAACUGUUGCAAGAACCAGCAGUAUCAAAGAAAAAAGAUGUGGUGAAUUUAAUCUGUUCCACAUGACUGCUGUGGGGCUGAGUAGCUCAAUUCUUGGGUGCCUUCUGACUCUUCUGGUUUACACUUAUUGCCAGCGAUAUCAGCAACAGUCUCAUGAUGCCACUGUCAUUCAUCCAGUAUCGCCAGCACCUCUGAACACCAACAUCACCAAUCACCUCAACAAACUGGACAAGUAUGAUUCUGUAGAUGCCAUUAAGGCAUUUAAUAAAAAUAAUCUCAUCCUAGAAGAACAAAACAAGUACUUCAAUCCACAUCUCACUGCAAAAGCGUAUUCCAAUGCCUAUUUUACAGAUUUGAAUCACUACGAUGAAUAUUAAAAAGGCAUCUGCUAAUUUCAUAUGGGUCUCCAAGAUGUGAACCCUCUGUGUGAAUAUCAAAUUGUUAAUACCAUGUUGUUGCCAGCUUUAACACAACAAAAAGCACUCAGUUAUGUUGGUACAAUCUUGCAGUAAAGAAACAACUUUGGUAAUGCAAUAUUUGUAUUGUGUUGUACAUUGGAACUAUACAGGCAAGAAAUGAAAUGUCUUGUGUAGGACACUUUGAGGCUUGCUACCAUCCUACUAAUUCAUCUCUUCAGUUUCUCAGAUAUGUAUGGGAAAGGCCAUAGAUUGCCUUCUGGAUGCAGCAUUCUUAUUUGCCUAAGAGACAACUCUUCCAUGAAUGGGAAGCCAAAAGAGAGAAAAUAACAGAUUAUUGAAUGAAAUUACUCUUAGCAGCAGAAGCCUUAAGCACUUCAUCCUCCAUGCCAGACUAGGAUAUUGAUGCAGUAUGUCCUAAAGAAGCUGGUACCUUGUAUGGCUACACCAUCAUGGUGCACGCUACGUAGCUGGCAUGUGCCACAGAGGAACAGAAGAACAAGCAACAUAGCAAAUCUAGAAAUAGGCAGACACUGUUUGUUUCAAUCGGCCAGGAUGGGACGAUUCAUAGAAAAUAAAUAAGGGCUCACUGAAUUCUGCAUGAUACUGGCAUAGAUAGAGUUCUGUACCAAGCAAGGAUGCCUGCGUCUUGGGCAUCAUUUGCAGCCUGUAUGUAAAGAUCCACCUGGAAUGUUCAUUAUAAAAUUGACAAACUGUGUUUUAUAUUUUUGUUGCAUUUAUGUACUGGAAAAAAAGAAGAUAAAAACUGCAAAAGGGAAACCAAAAUAGCAACAAAAACCUUUCUCUAAGGCAUAUCAAACUUCAAACAGCUAGUUUCUUAAACUCAGCCCUAAACAUUCUGUAUGGAAUAAUGUUGUUCAAUCUUUCUAUUACAACCUAAAGAACCAGGGUGGCACUCUACCUUUCAAAAGAGUAAAUUGUUUUGCAAUACCCUCUGUCUCCUUCUCUGCCAUUGAAUUGUUUAUUCCCUUGAAUAUUUUAGGCCAUUAUAAUUUCAUUUGAAAAUUACAUUAUUGUAUUUUUACACUGAUAAUUUCCCCAAAAACUCUUUGUGUAUCCCUUGUUUUUUUAAUGUUUUCCUAGGAAGGCAUAUCCCCCAGUUUCUAAACUCUGCUGUAUUGUAUUUAACUUUAUUAUAUAUUCACCAAAUUAAACUCCCACCUCCAAGUUUAAGAACUAAAUUUAGUUGAAAGAGUAUCUUGAGCCAGCAAAGGGUCCCACAUUUUAUUGAAAUCCCCAGCCUUAAUUAUCCACCACUAAAAUAAAAAUAAAAACUUUGUAAAAUGUUUAGAUGGCACUUAUUGAGUUAAUGAAUAUAAAUUAUUAUAUAAAGAAAAUAUAAUGUUGUUAAAACUUUUAAAUGCCAGUAUUAAAAAGGCUCUAGAUCACCACAAAUUUUGAAGUUUUACUGAUUUAAAUUACUCCACCUUGGUAGAUUUUGAAUUUCCAAUAAUAAAUACUUGACCAAGACAUCUUUUGGAUAAAAUAUAUCUCUUGUAUAGAAGAAUAUAGAAUGGUGGAUGGGCAGUUGUUUAAAAAAAUGUUUUCAAUUUGGCAAGUAAUUGUUUUUUAAAUGUCCAUCUAUGAUUUUUUUUUUUACAUUCCAUGAUAAAGACAACAUUCUUUUUAAAAAACACGUUAAAAUAUAGCCAAGGAAUUAAAAGAAACUGAGACAUCCUAUUUAGGAACUAAAAACUCCAUGAUAAAUCAUAAGUACAAAAGGAGAAAAAAUUAAAAAAUGGGACAGAAAAUUUUUAAAAACUGAAAAGAAACUAGUUAUAAUCCUAGUGAAUUAGAUAUAUAUACAAGAACAUUCCUCAUCACAAGUCCAUUGGCCCUUCAAUCUCUAAAAUAAAUGAAAAUAAAAAAGUUAAACUAUAAAAACAACUUUGCUAUGAAUAAGCAAUGAACAUCUGUAUAGCUACUACAUCCAAAAGAGAUAAACAAUCCUUCAGAGCAUAUUUCGGCAAUAAACAAAAAUAAAAUUGGGAAACUUGCUGAAUGAUUUCAUUUAUGGAAGCUAAUCCAGAAAAGUAAUGAUCAUCUUUACAUUUCAAUUUGAAGACUCCAUUUGCUGAGAGUAAAUGCAGGAUAAGAUCCCAUGCUUGACUGUAAAUCCUAAGAGACCCAUAACAACAAGAGUGUCUUUCUUUGUUGAGCACAAAUGGAAACCUACACAGUUUCAAUUUCCAGCUUGACUGCAAAUCAAGUCUAAACUCUCCAUAAUAAUUACUGUAGACCGAUCUUACUCAAUGUUUCAGGAAUGGUUAGAAAUGGUAAAUUAUUUCUACAAAAUAGACCUUAUAAACAGGUCCCUUCAUCUUGAAGAGCCUUUCUUAAUUUCAGCAGAUGGCUGGUGCCUGCCUGCAGAUCCAUUCCUUGCUUUUGCCCUCCUUUUCUUAAGAGCAGAUGGAAAAGCACAAGUGCUUCUAUUUUUAAUACUGUUUUAAAAAUCAAGCUAAAAUGUAAAAUGGUGACGUGUAUUAAGCAAACCACUAUUAUAAUUUGAUGCAUCAAGGUUGCAACCCUCUACUUUUUUUGUCAGGGAAUAGGUCCAGUGCACUGCGGCAGAGAUUUCUGAGGAGACAUAAGUAUUGUAUACAGUACAUUGCAUACAAGUAUUGUAUACAGUAAGUGAAUUUUGUCAUCAGCAUGUAGAGGGAAGUGCUUACUUGUAUAUAAAUUUUAUUUUUCUCCUGGCAGAUUUAGCAUCAGCUGGGGGAAACAGCAAGCUCUGUUUUGCACCAGUUCACUGCUGCCUUGCCACAAGGCAACAUUAUCCAUAGAGAUAUCACUAACAAAUAAUUCAACUAUUCUGUUCCUAGAACAUAGGGUUUGUAUCAAAUAUGUUGGCCCACAAACCAUAAAAUAAUUUUCACUUCCUUAAGGAUACAUCAAAUGAGAGGCUGCGUCUUUUACAUUUAUAGUCUCUUGGCUACAUGCCUUGAAUUUGAAAAUGAGGGUCUGUCAUCUCUUUUCCUACCAUCUAACCAGCUUGAAUUCAACUGUGGGUGGCAGUUUUACUUCAGUGAAAAAGGCCUCCUUCCUGACAACAUGGGGAUGAUUGCUACCCAUCAAUAGUGGGCAUACAGUUGCAAAGUUGUAUUUAUAUAUGGGGAGAGCCAGUUUUUGUAAAAAAAGUGAUCAGGGCUGGGGCCACAAAUGAAAUCCUGCCAGCUUUUUUUGUCAAUCAGAAAAUUUGUUUAUCUAAAAAAAUGUGUUCAUAGAUCAGACAACAAAAGUGGUACUAUAUGUUAUUGAUAGGCAGCAAUAAUAGAAUCUUGCCAGAUGCUUUGUGCUUUCCUCUCCUCACCCCCUUCAAUCCCACCAAGUCAGGGAGGGCUAUCCUGAGUCUCUUCUUAAUACUACCUCUGUACCUAGCAUUCAAGGUAUGUUUUUGUCACUUUUUCUUACAUAAUGGCUUAUGCAUAUUUAAACAUAAGCGCUAGUGUAGCAUUUGAAAUCUUCUAGUUGCAUGCAGUUUAACAAGUGCCAUGAAAAGGAUUGUCUUAACUUCUACUUUGGUUGCCUAAUUCUCUUCUGAUCCUAUGAACAUUGACUUUGUGUAUCAGGGCAAAACCAAGAAGCAGAAUCUUCCUUUCCAUGAAAUAAUAGGCUUCAUGGAGGGCAGAGUACAUUAGAACACACAAUGGUAUCUCACACACACCACACACACACACACACACACACACACACCCUUAAGGACACUUGUGGAAAAGCAGCGUUAAUUUCCCCCAUGGAAUGGUUGCUUGCAGCUACCACUAUUCCAUCAGGAAAAUGGGGGCCGUUUUCACCCAUAAUGAGGCUGUGGAGAACAUUAAGGGCCAUAUAUGGUCUAGCACAAGGAUGUCCAACCUUAGCAGCUUUAAGACAUGUGAACUUCUACUCCCAGAAUUCCACAGGCACCCAUUCUGGCUGGGAAAUUCUGGAAGUUGAAGUCCACAAGUCUUAAAGUUGCCAAGUUUGGACACCCUCGCUCUAAUAGAAAUGCUAAUGUUCAGAUUUGGAAAUUCAAUUCACCUAAAGGGCGGUCAGAUCUUCUCCAUGCUGUAGAAAAUAUUGCAUUUUCUUCCUUUAUAUCCCUGCUGCUUAUAUUGGGCAGCAAACUCACACAUCUAUGCUCAAAGCAAGGGAAAUUCAGUAAGGGAAAUUAACUCACAAAGUAAGUAAAUUUAAUAGGGAGUAUUUUCCCUAGCAAAGCCUCUUCCCCUUGCCCACUCAGUUGACAUUGACAGAAGUUAUGAUUUAGGAAUAUUGUAGAAGAAAAACAAGCAUCUCAAACAGAAUUUCAUUACAAAACUUUCAUUAAACAUGGAAAAUGCAGUAAAAUAUAUAUUUUAUAUUUGCCGCAAAACUACUUCUCUCCCUUUUCAUCCAAUGGGAAAGGACUAUAUUUACGCUUAAAAACUUAGAUUCUUAACUUAACCCCACACAUCUCUCUGAAAACAAUCUAUCCAGCCUCUCUCCCCUUCAGAUCACUGGGUGAAAAACAAGGGGCAGUCCUCUUCAGAACAGGCAUGAACCUUUAUGCAAUCAUCACCAUCACUGCAUAGCUCUCCAUCUCUGUUUCAUUCCUGCAUAGUCCUUUCCACCAAACUCCACCUGCAGAAAGAAGGAUUCCCCCUCCCCCAAGUAUGGUAGAACUGGACAAGGAAGAACUGAUUUAUGGGUACCGGUAGUUGUUGUUUACUCGCUCAGUGACUGUUCAAAGUUACAGUUGUUGUGAAAAAUGGAAGAUCUACAACCAGCCUUUGCAGUGUCCCCAUGGUUAUGUGCUUGGAAUUCGUGCUCAUUUAUGAUGAUUGAGCGCCUGCAAUCAUGAGAUUGCCAUUUGUGACCUUCACAGAGGCUUUGAGCAAACAAAAAAUGGGAUAGCUGGCUGGAAGUUGCAAGUUGCAGUCACAUGACCUCACACAUAAUGACUACUGGGAUUUGCUUCAUGACCAUAGCUUGAAAUUUUAAGUCAGAGAUCACCUGAUGUCUUAUUUUACAACAGGAUGGAAGGCAAAUGAGUCAAAUUACACUUCAUUUUAUGUUUGCAUUGCUUGGCAACAAUGUUGCUAGUCCCAAUUAUAGUAUGAAAGUGAGGACUGCUUGAACUGUGGUGGGCUACUGUUGUCACUGCUAUAGGAGAAAGACCCAGAAAUGUUGAUAAUUAUGUUUUUGUAGAUCAGCCAUAAAGUUUUAAUGUUUCUUCAUAGUGCAAGAGAAAGAAAACUUACCUUAUAGUCAUCACAUGGAAAUUAAUGAGAGUUGCUAGGCUACCAGAAAUUUGUUCCAUGCUUGUAAGCAGAAUAAUAUUUUAGAGAGCCAAUCUCGUUUACAUUUAUACUUUUCCCUGCAACUAAUGAAAUAAAAGAUCCUCAAACUGAAAUUCUAUCAACACACAAUUGGGUUAUGAUCCCUGGUGUGCUCUUUGCAUUUGUCAUGGAGUUGUUAGGACUUCACCAUCUAAGUGAAAAAAAACAUUGUUAGGAAAAGGCAAUUCCUUACAAUUCCUGAAGUUGAACCUAAGCCACAAUCCUAUAGUUGGAAGUUUAUCCUAAUAAAUUCGAGAGUUUUAAGUAGGAAUGCAUAGCCUUGUAUAAAAAGUAUGGGAUAAUUGCAUUCUAGGAAGGCCGAUUACUUAUUUAAAAAGCUAUUUUGCAUGAUUUUGUCUUG